AUGGUGCGAAAGCCUCCUUCACCGUUUUCCUUCAGAAUGGCAUUCUUCAAAUAUCUCCGCUCUGUUAAGAAUGAGUUUAUCCUCUUCUCAACUCCAUUUCUUCUACUUCCACUGCCUUUAGUGAUCGGGACAUCGGAAGCAGAAUGCGCCUACGUGAUAGUCCUGAUGGCGGUUUACUGGUGCACGGAGGUGCUCCCGCUGUCUGUGACAGCUCUCCUCCCGGCCCUGCUCUUCCCCUUGUUUGGCAUUAUGCGAUCCAAAGACGUGUGUAUGCAGUACCUGAAGGACGCAAACCUGUUGUUUGUGAGCGGACUGAUGGUCGCAGUAGCCGUGGAGCACUGGAAUCUGCACAAGCGCAUCGCCUUGAGGGUGCUGCUCUUUGUUGGAGUGCGUCCAGCGCUUUUGAUGCUGGGUUUCAUGGGUGUGACAGCCUUCUUGUCCAUGUGGAUCAGUAACACAGCAACCACAGCCAUGAUGGUGCCUAUUGUCCAAGCAGUGCUGGAGCAGCUAAACGACAGAGAGGCGGAGAUACCUCAGAUUCUCAGCUCAGAGGAGCAGGUCCAGACAUCAGAGGCCGACAGCAAACAGACCGAGAAGCAGAGCGAGGGGCAAAGCUCAGUGGUGGUGACUUUCUUAGAUGCCUCAGCGGAGGCAGAGAGACAUAAGGAGGCGGCAGAAAAGAGGAGAAUGUGCAAAGGGAUGACCCUGUGUGUUUGCUACGCUGCGAGCAUCGGAGGCACCGCCACACUGACAGGAACCGGCCCCAAUCUGGUGCUCAAGGGCCAGAUGAACCAGCUCUUUCCCCAAAACGGAGACGUGAUUAACUUUGCCUCCUGGUUCGGCUUUGCCUUCCCAAACAUGAUCCUCAUGCUCACGCUGGCGUGGCUUUGGCUGCAGUUUGUCUUCAUGGGAUUCAACUUUAAGAAAACGUGGGGCUGUGGGGCUAUGAAGACAGAGAAGGACAUUGCCGCCUAUAACGUGAUCCGCGAGGAGCACCGUCUGCUGGGGCCCAUGUCCUUUGGAGAGAUAAGUGUCCUGGGUCUCUUCGUUCUGCUGGUGGUGAUGUGGUUCACGAGGGACCCAGGCUUUGUCAGCGGCUGGGCGACAGAUAUCUUCAACUCCAAAGCAGAGUAUGUGACAGACGCCACAGUGGCAGUCUUCGUUGCUGUUCUUCUCUUUGUCCUGCCCUCUAGACCCCCGCGUUUCUGUUCGUGGAGGACCCAAAGUUUUGACACAGCACCCCGUCAAGCUGCUGGCCCAACUCCUCGUCUGCUCACCUGGAAGGUUGCCCAAAAGAAGCUACCAUGGGGCAUCGUGCUUCUUCUUGGAGGAGGCUUUGCUCUGGCCAAGGGCAGUGAAGAAUCAGGACUCUCUAAGUGGAUAGGACAUCAAAUGACUCCCCUGCAAAACAUCCCUCCCUGGGCAAUUGCUAUCAUCUUAUGCCUGCUGAUUGCUACCUUCACCGAGUGCACCAGUAAUGUGGCCACUGCGACGCUCUUCCUACCUGUCUUAGCCUCAAUGUCUCAGUCCAUUGGAAUCAACCCACUGUACGUCAUGGUGCCUUGUACACUGAGUGCCUCUUUCGCCUUCAUGCUGCCUGUUGCUACACCUCCAAACGCAAUAGUCUUCUCUUACGGAUACCUCAAGGUUGCUGACAUGGCCAGGACAGGAAUAGUCAUGAACAUCAUUGGCAUCCUCUGUAUUACACUGGCCAUCAACAGCUGGGGCAAGGCCAUGUUUAACCUGGACUCCUUCCCCGCCUGGGCCAACGUCACCGGGGUGUGAUCCUGGUUCCGCCAUGGGAGAUGAUCCACGCACACACUGCCCUCCCUAUCCACAGGUGCCGGACAAAGACCUCUGGUCAGAGCGACAGCACAGGACCACACGGUGGACCACAUGCGCCCGACUGCUGCUAGAACACAAGCCCCGCAAGGCUUGUUUUCAUUGACAACUGAGUCUUGCUUGUGAAAGAAAGUGGUGAUGAAUACGAUUAGGAACGGAAGAAGAGUUGUCGGCGAAUUAAAUUCAAAUCUUUUUCUAUUUACAUUGCAUCAUAAUGAAGUUACACUUCUAAAUUAUGUAUAUCUUCCAAUAGAGACUUUCUAGUCACCUAAGCAGCCAAUUCUAGAAACACCAUUCAAGUCCACUCAUUUUUUGUCAGAGGAAUCAUAGGAAGGGCUUUUCAUGAGGUCAAGGUUGUUAGAAAUGUUUCACGUAGCCACAUGUAGCCACAUCUUGAUAGCAAUAAACUGUACAGCAUAAAAUAAGAGCCUAACUUCACACAUUUACUCAAGUAAUGCACUUAAGUACAAUUUUGAAGGUACUCGUACUUCACUUAAGGAUUUACAUCUUAUGCCACUUCUGCUUUACUUCACUGCAUUUCAGAGGGAAAUGUCGUCCUUUUUACUCUAUUACAUUUAUCUAACAGCUGUACUUUCUAGUUACUUUUCAUAUUGUGAUAAUAUGACAUUUGACUAUAGAUUAAACUAUGCAACUGCACGCACAUCAGCCCCGUCUCAACCAGAUCCAGCAUUAAAAUUCUGUUAAAUACAUUAGUAAAAUAAUGCAACAUCGUUACACGUAACACUGACGAGGGCAAUUCAGCUGCCUAAUGAGCAACUUUACUAUUGACACACUUCUGUGUCAAAAUCUGUACUUUGACAAAAGUAAAACAUUUAUUGCAAGACUUAUGACGGAUUAUUUUUUACACUGCUGCCACUUAAGUAAAACAAACAAAAAAAAAUCCAAGUACUUCCUCCACCACUGUGUUGGUUAGGUUUGCCAUUUUGAUAUUUAUAGAUAAUUGGCUAAUAUGCACAAUACAGCUGACACUUGACCACAAGUAAACAUGUACUUUUGCCCCCCUUCUGUCCGAACUGACCUGCGCUGACCUAUAUAUCAAGACAUAUGGUUGUUUGUUCCAGCAUCAGCUGAACUUUGAAAUAUACUCUCAUUACAAAACAACAAGCCCAUACAUGUUUUGUGCAAGCUUGUGCUGACUUAUUGUACUGUAAACACAUUUUCAACAUUUUGAUCAGUUCGCUGUGUGCUGACAUUGUGAAAUGUCUCACUGCAACAAUGAAUUCUGUUUGAAUUGUAAUAAGACU